AUGACUUUACUUUCUUCAUCACCACACCAGGACUCUCCCAUUCACUCCCAAACUCCCACUUCACUCGGCUACUGAGCUGUGACUUCAUCCUCAGAACGCUUGGAGAAUAUUAUUCCGUAUCCGAGAUUAUUCAGCUUCUUCCAGAUGGAGCUCAGAUUGUCCUGGAUAAUCCUGAUCUUCACGGCAUCAGGGUCUCCUGGAGGUGUUAGCCCACUGAUGACCACACGAUCGGUCACUACAACCACGACCGAGGCCAUCCCCAAAUACGCCUUUUACCUGGGCAUGGAGAUCACCAACCGCGUGUUCAACCACUCCCUCCGCGACCCCGAAUCAGCGUAUUAUAAGAGCAUGUAUGCGCAGGUCAGCGGUGCGCUAGCGGACGUCUAUAACUGCUCCACCUGUUACACACAGCCAUUUUACAAAGGGGUGGCAGCCAUGACCUUCAGAAAUGGGUCUGUGAUCGCAAACUCUACCAUCAUCUUCCAAACCGUGUUCAUCAACGCUAUCGUGGUCAAGAAUCUCUUCGUAGCUGAAAUCCCUUCCAGUAGUGAGAUAAAUGGCCUCAAAAUCAACUCGAAAUUCACAGAGGAGUUAAGCACACCCAUACCAGCUGCAUUGCCAACCACUGGCUACACCACCACUACACCUCUCACGAGAUCAACCUCGAUGACUUCAAAACACACCAACACCACCACGUUCUCUUCAGCUCCAACCAGCAAGAGCUCCAGCUACACUUCGUCUCCACUUACCCAUACAUCCACACACCCGGGGAGAGUCAACUCCACCACAACCAACCCCUCUUCCAACACCACCAGAAGCCACAUCACCAGCAGUACCAGCAACUCCCAAAACCUUUCCUCCACCACCGCCAGACCCAGAAGAACUGAACCCAUUCUGCUGCCCACCUCCACCGCUCCAGUGAGUGUAGGUGGGGACAGCCACUACAGAGGGGUCCCAGGGUGGGCGAUUGCUUUACUCGUGCUGGCCUGCAUCAUCCUCUUGCUCCUCAUCAUCCUCCUCAUCAUCACGCUUAUCCGAUGGUGCUGUGCUGGUGAUGACAAGCCAGAACCUGAAGACCCACCAGAGCCCCAGCACACUCCCUACGAGAGAACCACAUUCAAAGAGCCACUUUCUACUCCCAGCUACAGCCCACUGACCCCACAGAAGAGCCCCGUCCUCUCACCCUUUGAGGACCCAGCGAAGCCGAAAGUGAACCGAACAGGGAUGUACGUGGUGAACCCAGAGACAUGAUGAAGUAGGACCACAGUGCAGUCAGAGAGACUGUGUGGAGCUGAGGGUUGUUUGGAUUCCUGAGGACUGUAAAACGUUGUGGAUGCCCAUCACCCUUUGACCUUCGACGCCUCCUUUUCAACACCACUGCCUCCAGACCAAGAAAAAGGGAAAUGUACAAUUGUGAGGAAACAUCUGUGAACCCUUUGGAAAUGAUCUGGAGUUAGUGCAUGAUUGGUUCCUAAAAUGUGACCUGAUGGUCAUCUAAAUCGUAACAACAGAUAAAGCUGCUCUUAUUUAAUAAACAACAUAUUUUAUAUUGCCGUGUGUGUUAAACAAGUGGUUUAAACGGUCAAGGUGAUUGAUGGAAGAGUAUGUGAGCUCUUACGUUUAGCGAUCUUUUAUCCGCAAUAACCUCAAAUACUUUCAACAUGCUUUGGCCUAUUGCUCCAAAUUGGGGGUGCCAAAACCUUUUGUCUUGGGGGUUUAAAGUGCAAUGCUUAAGUGGGCCCAGGACCCAAAAA